CCACUCUUUGUCAUGCUUCCUUCAAAAUGUUCUCAGUGGUUGUUCCACAAGAUCCUGUCACAGGGCUCCAGGGGGCAUCUGUGUCUCUGCCCUGCACUCUCUCAAAUAACACAGAUGCUGGAUCCCUUGAAGUGCGCUGGUACCGCCCAAAUAUGUACAAUGCCCCAGUUCUGUUCUAUAAAAACAGGCAGAUCUUGGAGAGCCAAGCAGAUCAAAAGUACCAGGGGCGAGUGUCUCUCUUAGGGAUACAAGCGAAAGGAAAUGUCACUCUGAAGUUGGAGAACCUCACACUAGCAGACAGAGGAGACUAUAUUUGCCAUGUUAGCAGUGAAAGCUGGUAUGAAAAGAACAAGGUGUCCCUCCAGAUAAAAGUUGUGGGUUCCACUCCUGUCCUCUCUGUUGCUAAAGCAGAAGAUGAGAAGUUGAAUAUUAGCUGUCAGUCACAUGGAUGGUUUCCUGAGCCAUCUGUCAUCUGGACAGACAAGAGUGGGACAGACCUGAAACAUCUCAGCAAAGUCAAGUUCACCACUGACUCUGAAGGGCUGGUGAAUGUAUGUUCUUGGCUCUUUGUCCCUUCCUCUGAAUCAGAGUGGCUUUCCUGCUCUGUGGGUUUAUCUACUUCCAAUCAGGAGAGGGGAGAAAGCAGAAUUCUGCCACAUACUCCUGCAGUUGCAGAGUCGAUGUAUGGACCCUUCAUUGUGACGCUCAUCUUCUUGCUGCUGUGUGUCACAGGACUUGCAGUAUACUGCGUGCUAAAUAAAAAAGGUCUGAUUGGCUCCAAGCGAAAGAGAACACAAAGUACAGAAGCGUCAGAAACUGAACGACUGAACACCUUUCCUAUGGACACAGAUAAGCAGACAUGGAAUAAAUCUCACACUGCAGUUUCAUCUGAUCAGACUGCAAUAUUAGAAUCAGUUCCAACUGAAACUAAUGUCUCUACCAACAUCCCAGCCUCAGACCAUCUCUGUGCAGAUCCUGUUCAGCAUAAAUCACCAGAAGAACCUUCAACAACAGAUCCUGUUCAGCAUAAAUCACCAGAAGAACCUUCAACAACAGGUUUUUUUCCCUCACUAUUACAAAUCAAUUUUUCCCAACCCACAAAGUGUGUCCUAAAAAUUCUAUGA